CGAAAUCGAUUUCGAACCAAACGAUUUGAUUUGACGGAUGUGGCGUGGCUACUCAGAGCUCAACGACGAGGGCAUCGCUCCCCCACCCAGCGAUAUGCCCAGCGACUUCACCCAACUCAGCCGUGUGGCCCCUCCUCAGCUGGGCGGCGGCGGGGAGCCAGGCGGCAUCUCGCGUGAGGUGCUUGACAGGACUCUCUGCCACUGCACCUGCCCUGUGAGCGGAUCAGUCAUGGAGGUCAGUCAGCACAGCACAGACAGGAGCUGAGGGGGUUGCUGAUGGUGCAUUGGGCAACACAGGCCUCUCAUUUCGCGUUGCAUGUGUUGUCUGUCUGUCUGUCUGUCUGUUUGCGUCACGCGCAGGACCCUGUGGUGACUGUGGAUGGACACUCCUACGAGCGCUCAAACAUCACUCAGUGGUGGGUCCCGCUUGUCUGUCUGUCUGUGGUUUGUUUCUGGCUUCAACCUUUUUCUUUCUUGUGGCUGUGUGUGCUCGUGUGUGUGGUGCACGUGUGUUUUCAGGUUUGACCAGGGUCACGUGACGUCCCCGGUGACCGGCCUGCCCCUCCCAUCCACCACACUCAUUCCCAACCACAGCCUCAGGUGCUCACGUCAGAUGAGGAAGCAAGGAGUAUGGGCGUAUCCAUUCGUCCCCCUGUGUGGGUGUGGUUGGCUCGCAGGCGGACCAUCGACGAGCUGAUGCGCCGCCCGGCGUCGACCAGACGACGCCACGAGGAAGACUACAGACCCGCACAUAGGGUAGGUGCCGUGCCACCCAUCGUAGUUGAGCACACUUAAGGUGAUCGAUGGCGUACACAUGAUCUGUAGGUGUCGCCUCCCAUUUCGCCCUCCGCCCCUCCGGCUGCGGCUGCUGCUGGGGCUGCAUCUUCCCCGGCAGACCCGCCGGCUGUCGGCUAUCGGCGCGGCGCAUCGGGCCACCACGCGCCAUAUGACUACGGGCAGUUCGGGCGAACCUUCACCAACAGCUCCAACGGCAAGGGAGAGGCCAUCGAGCUCCGAGCCGGUCAGACAACAGUGAAGGGGACUGGAUGGAUGGAUGGAUGUGUGUGUGUGCAGGUGGGGCUGUGGCUGUGCGGGGCAGGAGCCCGGCUGACGUUGAGCUCGGGGACACGGUGGUGUUCAUCGAGCAGCCGCUGAAGCUGUUCCCCGGCGAGACGCCUCGAUUCAGCUUCCGUGUGGUCGACAUCGACGGGGGCGUGUCGGGGCUCGAAGUGGGCGUGUCGGAGGCGGCACCGCACUACUCGUACGCGAGACGGCCCACAGAACACACGUCGAGGACAGAAAUCGCUCACGGGGUUGUGUGUGUGUCCGCUGUGGGUGAACCAGCGAGACUCGGGUGGACUUGGCUGAUUGGAUCGAGUCGCGGAGCUGGCGCGUCGAUGCAGCAGGUGAGACUGACUGAGGGGCAACGUGGACGGCUUGAAUGCCAUGCAGGCUCGUUGAUGCACAUGAUGCAUCCAUACCUACUACUGAUGUGUGUGUGUGUGUGUGUGUGUGUGUGUCAUCGUAUCGAUCGUCGUGCAGGCUGGGUUCAUGUGGGUGACGAUGCCACCAUGUCUGGGUGGGACCCCGGCACACUCAGAUCAGACGACCAAGUCCUGGUACGCUACGUUCGCCUCAGUCAGGAGAGCUCUGGAGUUCUGCACUGCACUGCUGCACACACCUUUGGUUGUGCGUGUGUGUGUAUGUGUGCAGGUCCAGGUGUCGCCGCACGGCAAUCUGCAGGUGUUUGUCAACGGCAAGAUCAAGGUCGACUUCGCUGCUGGACUCAUGCAGGACCCCAGUAAGAACGUCCAUCCACUCACACCAUACCACACAAGGGUCAGUCACAUGCCUGCACCUCUCUCUCUCUCUCUCUCUCCCUGUGUGUGUGUGUGCAUCAGAUGUGCAGCAGCUGUGGGGGUUUGUUGCUCUGACGGGCAUCGUGCAGUCGGUGUCGCUGCUGAGCGACGCGGAGCUCUCGAGGCAGGACAGGAGAUCGCACAGGCCAUGAUCGACCGACGGGCGUCCACACAUCCACUCCACACAAAGAACAGCGUCCGGAUGUCUGUGUGCUCGGCGACGAUGCAUUCAUUGUGCGCUGUCCUCUGUUCUGCUUCCUCGUCUGUUUGUUUGUCAACCAGUGAGUGCCUGUCUGUCUUUCUCCUCGUGUCGUCCGUCCAGUGUGCGCAAGGCAGGCAGUCUCGUGUGUGUUUUGUACCAGUAGAUAGACUUUUUCGGUGUUCGUUGCUGGCCGGGGGGGGAGGGGGGGACAGGCGGCCGUCGGCCUGUCUGCCUGUCUGUCUGUUCGCCUGCCUGAAGUUGUUGUAUGUCUCUGCAUAUAGCUUUCAUCUCGAUCGACUCUUGUCGUUCGGUCACUCAAUGGUCUGUCUC